AUGUCGUCAGCGGAGAUUGCAUCGAAAAUGUUUUUGCGCGAAAACGAAACAUUGAACGACUUUUUUAAUCGUUGCAACAAUUUGUCGCACUUCGAUUGUAGUGAAGAAGAGAUGUUGUGGUGGAUGAUGGGGUCCAGACGGUUGCCUUUGAAGGAGAUAGUGCCGAUCAGUAUUGUCUUGGUGGUGAUAUUUCUCACGGGUGUGGUGGGCAAUGUGUGCGUGUGUGUGGUCAUCGUGAAACACCCGGGCUUGCAUACGGCCACCAACUAUUACUUGUUCAGUUUGGCUGUCAGCGAUUUGCUGCUUUUGAUGUUCGCGGUCGAUGACGAUCUUGCAGAGGUGCGGUCGGACGAUCUUGACAAGGCGAGUGCGACAUUGUGA